UCCAACGCAGUGAGCAGUGUGUUUGAUUUCAUGGUGUGAGCAGGUCACAGUGAGGUUCGGGUUCUGCGUCAUGACGCAGUGAUGUGCCGAGUGGCGACGCUUUCACAUCGUCGCGUGCAGCUUGCACCGGAUACCGGACUGAACCCCGCUCACCUGCUGCAGUGUCACAACACAACACUAUCUCACCUUACCGGACUUGUAGCGUGGUUUAUUUUUUUAAAGAGGUUUUCUUUUCGGAAAUGGAGUUUUACAGUGGGAAAAGUAUUAGGAUUAAACUGUGCCUUGUUGAGGAAGAAGAAACGUGUUUUAUUUGUAGUUGUAAAGGAAGCGAUUCAUUGUAGGUGCAGUCGGAAUUCCAUGAGAAGUUGUGGAUUCAGGGUAACUGGAUGCCGAGGAACAACUCUCUUUUUUGGCCCUCAGACAUUUCUCUGCAGGAUGUCUCAAACUUUUCUCUCUCCCCUGUGCUGCCUGAAUGGGAAGCUCCCACGUUCACCCGGGCGGCACAGUUCCGAGUUGGAGCCACACUGGUGCUUUUCCUGUUUGCAGCAGUCAGUAACCUGGCACUUCUCAUCAGCGUGUGCCGCGGACGGGGACGACGCCUGGCUUCCCACCUGCGGCCUCUCAUUACGAGCCUGGCUGCAGCAGAUCUGAUAAUGACGUUCAUCAUGAUGCCACUGGACAUGGUGUGGAAUGUGACGGUGCAGUGGCAUGGCGGUGACGGUCUUUGCAAGUUGCUUAGCUUCCUUAAGUUGUUUGCCAUGCAGGCCUCUGCAUUCAUCCUGGUGGUAAUCAGUCUGGACCGCCAUCAUGCCAUCCUGCACCCACUCGACACCAUUAAUGCACACCGGCGCAACAAGAGAAUGCUGAUACUGGCAUGGAGCCUCAGCUUGCUCCUCGCCUCACCACAGUUGUUUAUCUUCAGGGCAAUUAAAGCCGAAAAAGUUGAUUUCACUCAAUGUGUGACACACGGGAGUUUCCACGAGCGAUGGCAGGAGACAGUUUACAACAUGUUCCACUUUGUCACUCUCUAUGUCAUCCCGCUGCUAGUCAUGAGCUGCUGUUACACACGCAUCCUUGUCGAGAUCAACAGUCAGGAGCGCAAAAAUAAAGCAGGGGAGUCAUGUCUCCGGCGCAGCCGAACAGAUAUGAUCCCUAAAGCAAGAAUGAAGACACUGAAGAUGACCAUAAUCAUCGUCCUGUCAUUCAUAGUCUGCUGGACUCCAUAUUACCUGUUGGGGAUCUGGUACUGGUUCCAACCAGAGAUGCUGAAGGUCACUCCUGAGUAUGUCCACCACCUGCUCUUUGUCUUUGGUAAUCUGAAUACCUGCUGUGACCCAGUAAUCUACGGCCUGUACACUCCCUCUUUCCGCGCAGACCUUGCGCGCUGCUGGGCUUGCCGUUCAACUAGCGAAUCUCCUCGUUCUUUGGAACGACUGUCUGCACGACAGGGGCCUCACAGCGCAGAGCAGGAGUCUGAUCCUGCCAGUGUGAAAGGGGUUAAGGGGUAACAUGAGAAGUACCCUUCCAAAUCUCUCCACAUACCCUCAAGUGCAAACAUUGAAAUAGCUUAAAAUGUGCACUGAGCGUGGAUUACAAGGGAAGCAGUAUUUUUUCACACAUAAUAUAAUGUAGUGUAAUGUAAUAAAAGGCCAGAACACAAGUACAGUUAUCGGCAUGCACUGCAGCAAAUACAUCAGCAUUAUAGCUGAUUUCUGUAAUGCUGCCAGUUCCUUGGUUGGUACUAUAAACUUUAGCAAUAGCUGACAUUUUACACCAGCAGUGAGUGACAUGUCUUCUCUGCAAGUCUGAGUCUCUGUGUUAUUUUUUUAAUGAGCAAAUCUUACAUCAUUUCAUAUUUGCAUAAUUAAGUUUCAUAACCUUGCAAUGCCUGUACAAAGACCACAGGGACUGAUUAACAGGGAUAAAAAAAAGGGGUUUAAAGCCAGAACAGACUGCAGCUCAUUUUGAAAGUGAAACGGAAUCUGAUUUCACAUUGGGCCACAUUAAAAACUGGCUUAGCACAAAAUUAAAUGGAGAUUGUGUACUUAAAAAACUGCAUGGUCCUCAGAGUGCCAUUAAGUAUGUUUUGUGAGUUGUUUGUUUGGCUCCUGAUUCAAUGUAUGUAAUCUGAGAGAGAAAGAGA